AUGACGGCGGUUGCAGAAACUUUCAUCAGUAUCGCCUGGGGCGUUCUGUCCAUAUCUACUUCUCUAUACCUCCUAUCCUACUUCAACUCUCCCCUAAGAGACUUCCCGGGACCGGUCCUUGCUAAUCUCACAAACCUGUGGCGCUUUCUGGAUGUCUUCCAUGGCCGGCCUGACAAGACACAGUUGGAGCUGCAUAGGAAAUAUGGCAGUGCUGUGCGGAUCGGUCCGAAUGUCAUCAGUCUGUCGGAUCCGAGUCUGAUCAGUAAAGUAUAUACGACGAAGGGGGCGUGGAAGAAGAGUGAUUUCUACACCGUCAAUGAUGCUCGUGUUCACGGAAUGAGAGUGCCAAACGUCUUCUCGAGCACGGACGAGAAAUGGCACUCGAUGGCCCUACGGCCUAUACGUCAGGCCUAUUCGAUGACUCAGGUCUUGGACAUGGAGUCUCAGAUAGAAGCAACUAUUGAUCUUUUGUGUGAGAAGUUGGAUGAGAGGUUCGUGAAGCCGGGGGUUGCAUGCAACAUGGCGGACUAUUUGCUCUACGCUGCAUGGGAUGCUAUGGGCCAGGUAACCUUUUCAGGAACGCUUGGGAUGCUCGAGAAGGGUUAUGAUCCCACCAAGAUUAUCCAGACUGCGAAGAAUAGCAUCGACUACUUCGCCUGCUUUAGCCAGAUACCAAAAGUCGACGAUGUUCUGGGCAAGAACAAAAUAGUCGAAGCUAUCUCGCCUUCUGGCCUCGGCUGGGCAGUAAAGUAUAUUCAAGAUAUGUACGUGGAACGGAGCAAAGAGUCACAAGCAACAUCAAGGCCAGUUGACUUCAUGGACCGCGUCCUCCACGCACAGAAGAAGUUCCCAGAGAUCGUUGAUAAUGCAAUGGCAACCAUCUACCUUCUAUCCAAUGUUCUAGCAGGGAGUGAUACCACCGCAACAGCUAUGUGCUCUGCCGUCUACUACAUCCUCAAGCACCCGUCCGUGCACAGCAAGUUACGCGAGGAGCUGGACUCUGCGAAUCUAUCUUUCCCCGUGAAAUGGAAAGACCUCCAGCACCUUGCCUACUUUACCGCUGUCAUGCGGGAAGCAAAACGUAUUCAUCCCGGAGUAGGAAUGCUCAUGGAGCGUGUCGUCCCAGCGGGCGGCCUGUGUCUCCCCGAUGGUCGCUUCGUACCUGAGGGUACCAUCGUUGGGAUGAACCCAUGGGUGAUCAAUCGAGAUGCGGAUACAUUUGGGCUCGAUGCAGACCAGUUCAUUCCUGAACGAUGGCUACAGUCGUCAGGUGAAGCGGGCGAGGAGCAUCAGGCACGAGUUGCGAGAAUGCAGCGCGCUUUCUUGACUUUUGGGGCUGGUUCGAGGAGUUGUAUUGGGAGGAACUUUAGUGAGAUGGAGAGUGAUAAGAUUGUGGCUACGCUUUUUGCGAAGUACGAGAUGGAGUUGGCUGAUCCGAAGGAUACUUGGAAUGUUACCAGUCUGUGGUUUGUUCGGCAGGAUAAUAUUGUCGUUAACCUGAAGGGUAGGAUAUAA